AUGAUUGCGUUACAAAAUCGGCCCAUCUUGCCGCCCGCCAAAGUGGAUAUCUCACUGCUCCUCAAGCCUCAAGAUGAGGAUGACGCCCCGAGGAAUCCCACAUCUUAUUAUUCCUCUCGCACGGGCUUCUCGGUUCCUCCACCCCUCCCCGCAGCUCCGGUCUUGACCACCGGUCCUCCCGCCGUGGGCCCAUCGCUGAUCAAAACGGGUCCCGGUUUGCCGGCCAAGCGACUGCAGCCCGCCCAUACCGCCGAGUCCCCCGCGAAGAAACAGUCCAAAUGGUCGCCCGAGGAAGAUGCCUUGAUCAUUGAGCUGCGGGGCAGUGGAAUGAAAUGGGAGGAUAUCAGCAAGCGAUUGCCAGGUCGCAGCGCGAUCAGCUGUCGGCUCCAUUAUCAGAACUACCUCGAACGCCGCAGUGAAUGGGAUGAAGAUAAGAAAAAUAAAUUGGCUCGACUAUAUGAACGGUUCAAAGCCGAAAUGUGGUCCAAAGUCGCCGAAGAAAUGGCCAUUCCAUGGAGGGCUGCCGAAGCCAUGCACUGGCAGUUGGGAGAACAGGAGAUGGCUCGCCGCGCCGGCGUGGUGCCCUUCUCCCUCUCCAGUGCGGCGAUUGAUCCACCCACCACGCGAACUCGCCGAGCCAGCACAUCGCUCGCCCGACCACGAAAGAGUUCCACUUCACGCGCCAUCCCGGGUCAUCUGCCCGGUCUGCCAACCCAAUUACCAUCGCUAGACGAACUGGCGGCGGGUGUGCCCGCUUAUGCACCUCCUGCCCCGCCCCCGCCCCGAGAGUUUUACGGCCUUGCUCGACCGUCCGACAUGGGUAUCGUGCCACCUCCGCACGCGGUCCCUUCUGGUCCUCCGGGCUUGAUGGGUCCCCAUAUGGGCAUGCCGCCGCGCACCCUGCCCUAG